CAAACGUUGGAUUUGUUCACGGGAGUUCUCCGCUUGCUUUUUGGUCUGCCGGAUCGGAUUUAUCAAGCCAAUCAUGAGCUCGUUUGAAAGCACCGUUUCCGUGUCUUUGAAGGACUUUUGUACUCAACUGCGCCGGAUUAUUUUAAUCUGACAUGUCAAGAAAUGUGGAGGUUUAUCUGAGCUUGUCAUCUCCAUCGCAACCGAGGUGUGACCAUCGUGGCGGUUGUGCUUUCAACUGUGUGCGCUCGAGUGGAGGUGAGCAUGCAGGAGACGGUGGAGGUGUACCUGGGUGACUCGGCCCACAUCCCCUGCCAGUACAACUUCAGCCAAGCGGACAGCCUUCCAGAAUUCGUCAUGUUCCAGUGGUUUGUGAAAGACCGGGUCAGCAGCUCCCGCAUGCGCAUCUACUAUGUCGAUGAGAACGACGACGUGGCGGACGAGGGCACUGAGUUCAGCGCUCGCAUCCGGGUGGUCGUGGACCGGCGUGCCACUCGCCUCACCGUCCAGGAAGUGCAGCUGUCCGACGAGCGGGACUUCAUCUGCCAGGUGAACGGCGUGUCGGCCGGCGCCGCCGAGAGCAAGACACACCUCAGGGUCUUUGCUCCUCCGGAGGCUCCGCUCAUCCAGGGUGUCCUAGCCGGGAUAAGCGUUAAUGCCGAGGCGCCAUCCGAGGUGGCCACCUGCGAGACCCGCAACGGUUUUCCCAAGGCCAACAUCAGCUGGUACAAGGAUAAGAUGCCUCUGGUGCCUUUGGUGGGACGUGUGAAUGUGCGGACUGUCUACACGGUGGAGUCGAGCGGCUUGUACUCGGUGCACAGCACGCUGGAGUACCGGGUGCUCAAGGAGGACAAGGAUGCCAACUUCUCCUGCGAGGUCAGCUUCUCGGUGCCCAGCGCCAUCAGGACCGUUGAGUCCGCCGCUGUCGGCGUUACCAUUCACUACCCAGCCACCAUGGUGGAGCUGUGGAGGGAGUCACCCAAGGGCUUGAUCAAGGAGGGCGACACUGUGUUGCUGCGUUGCCACGGCGAUGGCAACCCCUCACCGACCUUCAAUUUCAGCAGAGAACGAGAGCCUGGUGCGGAGGAGGACUUGGACAGUAACGGCAACGUCCUGAUGCUGUGGGCGGUGUCACGCACGGACCGUGGCCUCUACCGCUGUCAACCCCAGGACAGCACCAAGCUCAAAGGAGAGGUGGAGCUCAAAGUGCAUUACCUGGACCCCGCCGUGGUGGUGCCUAAAGAAGCUGAGGCCAUGUUCAAAGGGGAAGAUCUGACCGCAUCGUGCAACGCUCUGUGCUCCCUGAAAACAUCGACUGUCUGGUACAAGGGCGGCCAGAUAGUAGGUGUGGGAAACACGCUCCGUCUCCAGGACGCCACCUACGAGACGGCCGGAGAGUACGUGUGCGAGGUGAGCGUUCCCGACUUGCCCACCUUGCACACCAGCGGCUCCAUCCACAUCGUCGUCCACGGCGCUCCGCAGUUAGUGGGCGAGGAACGGGAGGUGCACCUGGACGAGGCGCUAGGCAGGACGCUCAACCUGAGUUGCGAGGCCCGCGGCCACCCUGCGCCCACCAUUGCGUGGAUUUUCGACGGCGGCCCGGUGACUCACCGCUGCUUUUGCUGCUGCCGCGACAGCAGCGGGCCGCUGACCUGCGCUUUGCCAACGCAGAUGUGGCGCGAGGUGUUAAGCGAGUCCGGUGACCACGCUACCCGCAGCGUGGUGAGUGUCGCUGUCAACUCGGACAUUGGCGUCGCAUGCAACGCCUCCAAUCGCUUCGGUGCUGACGUCAGAGCUUUUAGCAUCAAAGCCGUUCCUCUGGUCACCUCCGGCGUGCCCUUCUCUUCUGCGGAGGGGGGCCGCGUGAUCAUCGUGGUGGUACUCCCGUGCCUACUGUUGCUGGCUGUCCUGGGCAGUGCGCUCUACUUCCUGCACAAGAAGGGCAAGAUCCCGUGCGGGCGCUCGGGAAAGCAGGACAUCUCCCAGGAGAAGAGCGCCAAAGAUGACAUUGUGCUGGAGAUGAAGAACAACGCAGAGGCCAAGACCGAGGACACGGUGCUCCUCAAGGCUGUCAAUGUCGACAAAAACGGCACAAACGGACAGUGAAGGUAUCGGCGGUGGAGGAGCUCAUCAGCAGAGACUCCAAUCACACAGUCCUGUCAUCAGACAUUCUACACACACGCACGCACACACACACACACGCACACAGAACAAAAACACAACACAAACACAUGGUUUGAGUCAGUGUUUUUUAUUUUGUAAAAGUACUGUUUGCUGUUUGUUUCAUUAUCGCUUUGCUGUCAAAGUGUACAUAUGGUCUACAUAUUUUGUUAUUUAAGAUACACAUUCACACAACUGCUGUUUCUCCUUUUCCCACUUCGUAAAUAUGCUAGUGGUCUGUUGCUGGGCAAAUUUCAAAGAGGUUAGCAAGCUGCUUUGCCUGGUUUUGUUCAUUCUGGAGACUUCUGCGGGAUACACUGAAUAUGUCGCAGUUUUAUAAUGUGUGUUUUUUUUACCUGUUUGGCAUGUUGUUCAUACGUGUGCUCACAUUGAUAUAACCGUGAGCCGAGACAGUUACAGUACUUUCGAAGUGAACAUUUCAAAUCCCGCUGGGCCCGUGUUGUGAGUGACAUCUAGCGUUUUUAUAUUUGGGGGACUUUUCAGGAACAGUUUUUUUGUUUAUUUGUUUUGUGUUGUGCUCUGCUGAGUUAGGGAAGACUCCGCACCACAUUUUUGUAAAUGAACACUUUUUCUUUUUUACUUUCUUUUUUCAAAAAAAAGUGUGUAAAUUAACAUGUGAUUCGUUGAUGCUUGUGUUUUAUUAAACAAUGUUUUUGCAAGAAAAUGCCAAUUAAAAAGUUUGUUAAUAUA